AUCGUCACUGUAAGUUAGUCAAAUAACUUUUCCUCUUUAACUCUUCCGUCUGCAGAAGGUGCUAGUGCUUACGCUGCUUCGAGGUAUGCUUCCGUGCAUUCAUUAGAGGCUCAUUAAGAGAUAGUUCAUUGUCAGAAAAGGGUUUUUACUUUGAUGCAAGAGCAAAAAUAGAAAGCAAUUUGGAUUGUGAAACUUUUUUCGAGUUUUUAUUUUCAUAGAUAUCAUCACAUCAUAUCCUCAUCGUAAAAUUUAUAAUAUACACAAUAAUAGUGUUAAAUGACCAUCAUAAAAUAAUUUGAAAUUAAUUUAUUUCAGUUAAAUACUUAUAAAUGCGAAGUAUCUUCAUGCACUGUUAAUUAGACUUGAAGUUUACUCAGAGGAAAUUGAUAAUGUUGGGGAUAAAAAGAUAUUUUUCAACUCAUAUUCUUCUCUUCUUUCUAUUGAUAAUUACAGGCUACAGCCAGAUGUUUCACAGCCAGUAUCUCAGAUUCCGCCAUGAGCCUCCGAAUAGAGUUGAUUUUUCAAAUUCCAGCGGAAAAACAGUACUUUGCAGUGCUGAAGGCAAUCCAAUACCAACAGUUCGAUGGACGAAGCAAGAUGGAGAAAAUCUUGAAGAAUUGCCAGGGCUUCGGUACACACGUCACGACGGAUCUUUAGUAUUUGAGCCAUUUUCAAGCGAAGAAUACAGAGCUGAUAUCCACGCUUCAGUAUACAGAUGCGAGGCUUCAAAUAGAUUGGGCAUUAUCGGGUCUAGAGAUGUCCAUGUACGAGCCACUGUUCUACAAAAUUACGAAAUUCAUCUGGUUAACGACUUCGUAAUUAAAGGAAAUAUGGCACUCCUGCGAUGUACAGUACCAAGUUAUGUAACUGAUUAUGUGAAAGUAACAUCUUGGGAACGAAGUGAUGGAUUCUUAAUCACUCCUGGAAUAAUCAGUGCCAAAUACGGAAUGCUAGACAAUGGAAACCUGUAUAUACAGGAUGCAAUUGAACAUGAUGGAUCCUACAGCUUCCGAUGUCAUACGGAAAAUGAAAUUACAAAGGAAAAAAGAUCAAGUGAAGAUUAUUCCAGGAUUAUCGUUACAGCCAAAUACGGAAUGCUAGACAAUGGAAACCUGUAUAUACAGGAUGCAAUUGAACAUGACGGAUCCUACAGCUUCCGAUGUCAUACGGAAAAUGAAAUUACAAAGGAAAAAAGAUCAAGUGAGGAUUAUUCCCGAAUUAUCGUUACAGAGCCUCAUCAUGAAAUACCUCCAAGAAUCGCCGUUAAAUUAAAAAUUGUGAAAGUGUCCAGUGGUCAUCGGGCUACUUUAUCUUGCAUUGCUCAAGGAUUCCCACCUCCGACCUAUCGUUGGCAAAAAGCUAGUGAAGAUAUACGGCUUUUUCCUGAUCAUUCCGUAUCUGUUAGUCAGGAAGGAGGAGUACUUAUUUUCCAUAAAGCACAGCGGAAUGAUUCAGGAUUAUAUAAAUGUCACGCUGUCAAUGGCGUAGGAGAAGAUACUGUUGAUACUGAACUGGUCGUAGAGGAGUUUAUUCAUGCUUCAUUAGUCCCAGCUGAGCAACGACUUGAAAUAGGAGCCACAUCCACACUGAAUUGUUCGGUAAUUGGGAACCCUACUGGAAUUGUGUUUUGGAAGAAGGAUAUGAAUGCGUUGUCUCCAAGUCAAAGAGCCCAUUUCCCCAAUCCCUACCAAUUGAAAAUUAGACAAAUAAGACGGCAAGAUGCUGGAAUGUAUCAGUGCUUUGUACGGAGAGAGACCUUCUCUUCUCAAGCAUCUGCAAGGCUAAUUAUUGGUGAUCUUCCUCCAUCCAUAAAACUCGGAUUUCCAGAAAAAACAAUUCGCCCAGGAACAUAUGUAUCAUUAACAUGUAUAGCCACUGGUCAUCCUGAGCCUACCAUUAAAUGGAUUCUGGACAAUAGAUGGCCGUUAUCCACCAAGCAUGGGAUUCUUAUUAGCUCUUAUCAGGUAAGCAACGGAAAUAUUGUGAGUUCCAUCAAUUUCACAUCAGUUGAUGUAACAGACAGUGGCUUAUAUACAUGCGAAGCAGUUAAUGAUGCAGGAUCUGUUAGCUAUGCCAAGAGACUUAAUGUGUUUGGUCCACUCUUCGUUCGGACUAUGAAUGAUGUAAUCGCCUUAUCUGGUGAAGGUUUUCAAUCCUUAUGCCCAUUCGGUGGAUAUCCCUAUGACUCAAUUAUUUGGAAGAAAGGAAAUCAAAUGUUGCCAAUAAAUCAGAGACAACAAAUAUUUCCCAAUGGGACUUUUCUCAUCAGUGGAAUGCAGCCUUUGGCAGAUGAAGGAAUUUAUAGCUGCGAAGUUACUUCGGGAUUGAGUUCCGUUCCUGUAUCACGUUCUUUUUCCGUCAUGGUUCGAACCAAACCGAAAAUAACUAAGUUCACGUUUCCGGAUGAACUUCAAGAAGGUAUGAGAAUAGCAGUCACGUGUGUUGUCAUUGCUGGAGAUGGUCCACUUUCAACAAGAUGGUUCAAAGACGGCUUAUCUUUGGAUGGAAAAAAUCUGGAUGCAAGUGUGAUGGAAUCAGACGAUGGUUUUGUUUCGACACUUACCAUAAAAUAUCUAACUCAUAAACAUAGUGGGAACUACACAUGCAUUGCCAAAAAUGAUGUUGCAUCUGGAACUUAUAGUUCAGUUUUGACGGUCAAAGUUCCUCCUCGGUGGGUUUUAGAACCGAAAGAUACGUAUGCCAUAGCAGGUCAAUCUGCAAUUAUAAACUGUCAAGCUGAUGGUGUACCUCAGCCAUACGUGCGCUGGAAAGUAGCCUCUGAUCAUCCACCAAACAGAUAUAAAACUAUAGUCAGUACAUCCCACGUUCAUAUACUAGUUAAUGGUUCACUUAGUUUUCGCAAUAUAGAAUCAACUGACGCCGGAUUUUAUCUUUGUGAAGCAAACAAUGGCGUUGCUGUUGGACUCAGUAAAGUUGUUCGAUUGACAGUGCAGCGACCUCCUAAAUUCAAUUCCAAGUUUCAGUUUGUGAGUGCAAAGAAAGGAGAAAAGUGUGUGAUUGAGUGUUUCGCGCUGGGAGACCUACCAAUGAGAAUCACAUGGAGACGGAAUAGCCAGUUUAUCGAUCUGGCAGGUGAGAAUAGAUAUUUGGAGAAAACGGAAGAAAUAAUGGAGUCCGGUUUAAAAACAUUUUUAAUUGUGGAAAAAACUCAGAGAAAAGAUUCUGCUCUUUUUGAAUGUAUAGCGAUUAAUGAAUUUGGAGAAGAUGUUAUGAAUAUAAAAGUUACUAUUGAAGAUAUUCCUGAUGCCCCACAAAAUCUUGAAGUGCAUGACGUAACAAGCCGGAGCAUUAGAUUAACCUGGGACAAACCUUUCGAUGGUAAUAGCCCAAUAAAUCAAUAUACAGUUAUGUGGAGACUUGCCAAUGGUCAAACAUCUGGUGGUCCUCUGAGUGUGACAGGAACUGAAACAACAAUUACAGUAAGGGGUUUGAAGCCGAAAACGAAAUAUUUCUUUAGAGUAAAGUGUUUAAAUUUAAUCGGCGAAAGUCAAUUUGGUGCUGAAAUGGCUGUAACGACAUUGGAAGAACCUCCCAGAGUACCACCCCGUUUAGUAAAAGCCAUUGGCACGUCAUCGAGAAGCGUAAACGUAUCGUGGCAGUUACCGGCAGCUAUAGAAGACGAGGCUCACGUUGAAGGAUUUUACGUUGGAUAUAAGCUUUCAUCAAGCUCUGAGCCAUUCACGUUUAUACCUGUAGAUAAUCUGCGGACUGAAAUAGAUCAUUUUUGUGAAGUAAAUAAUUUAAAUCGGAAGGAAGAGUAUCACUUUAUUGUUCAAUCAUUUAACAAGAAAGGUGCAAGUCCCCCAUCAGAAAGUGUUAAAGCAAGAACUCUAGAAUUUGACAGACCAUUGCCUCCUGUUAUAAAGAAUCACUAUGCCACAUCAUCAUCCAUUAAAGUUGUAUGGGAAUAUCAAAACAUACCGAGUGCUCCCGUAACAGGGUUCAUUCUAAGGCACAAGACAGAUAGUAGUCCAUGGAAGGAGAUCAUCAUUCCUGGACUAGGAACAUCUUUCUCAUUAUAUGACCUAUUAUGCGGUACGAAGUACCACUGCUCAUUGGUUGCGACUAACAAAGCAGGAAGAGGGAAUAGCAGUGAAAUCGUUUCCGUUAGAACAAUUGGAAGUGCUCCUUUGGCUCCAGAUAAAAGAGCUUUACUCACCGUUAAUUCAAGCACUGUUCUGAUUAAUCUGAACAGUUGGCACAGUGGAGGUUGCUUCAUUAGAUUCUUUAUUAUCCAAUACAAAGUACGAGGUAAUGGUGACUGGAUACUGGUCAGUAAUGAAGUACUUCCUGAGCAGAAGACUGUUACCAUAACUGAUCUGACACCCGGUACAUGGUAUUCCCUUUUAAUAACAGCUAGAAAUGAUGCGGGAUCAACUGAUGCAGAAUAUGUGUUCGCAACAUUGACGCUUUCAGGAAAGUAUCCUCCACACAUAUCAGAAGUUGUUGGGUCAUCUGGCCUUUUCUACAAUCACCUUACGAUCACUGUUCCAGUCAUAAGCUCUGUUACAGUUGUUAUAUUUGUCUUCUGUACAGUUUGUAUUGUUACAAAGAAAAAAUCUCCAAGAGCUGAAUACAGAACUGCAGAAAGUGCUGAAAGAAAUGAAACUGUGAAACAGGAAAAUAUUCCACUUUCUGAUAAUUAUGAGAGUGCUCAAGAGCCAGCUUAUUUUCCCAUGCCUUAUUCAACAAACAGAGUGACGAGCUUUGAUAGAGAACAUUACAAUAGAAUACACGGAACACUUGACAGCCAAAGAAGUGAAAAUUUGUAUAAAGUACCAUCGUCACCUAGAAGAAAAGAAAAAGAAGAAUGCGUCUAUGCCACGCCUUGCAUUGUGUCAAAGACCCCCAAUACAGGUCAUCGAAAAUCACGGGGAUCUUCCAAUUUUGAUAGAAGUCAAUAAAGGAACGUUUGAAGGAAAGAAAUAAAGUGCCUUGCAAUUUUGCUAAACACCGAAAGAACUGUUAUAUGGAGUUUACUUUAUUUGUCCAAAAUAAGCUAUUGCUGAUCUAUAUACUUUCAUCGUUGAUGUCUAUGACUUCAAAAAAAAGUGUUAAUGUUAUCAUCGCUCUUUUUAUUGUUUGAUAAAUUUGAUCCGAAGAAAAGAAAAACAAUAUAUUUGGAAUUGAUGUUGAACUGGCGAAGUGUACGCAACUAACUGUUAAGUGUUAUAAGAUGUGAUGAAACAUGUGGGUUAGGAAAAUGUUUAUGUACCGAUAAAAUGUGUACGUACUGAUGAAAGGUACACAUUCGUUAGAAAACUACAGAAGAAGUGAUAAACCAUGUGCUUUAAUGUGAAGAGAAAUACGAAUGCAUAUGACUUGAAAAGAGCUUGUUGUUGUGGAAUGAGUUUUUUUUUUGAGUAAAAAAAUAUGAAAAUGUUUUUUUUUAAAAUUUCCUUUUAAGAUUGUGUAACUUUUAACCCAGCAUGUAACUCUCAAUAUUUUAAUAAAUAAUUUUUCAUGACUACA